AUGCAGUCUCAGAGGACCCCUGGGAGAAAGCGAGGCCGACCCCCACUUCACUCAACACCUGUGAAGAUGGCAGUUCAUAACCUUUAUUCCGCUUCAGCUGGUUCUUUACCGGCAGUGAAGAUCCCAAAGAAAAGAGGGCGGAAACCUGGGUACAAGCUCAAGUCUCCGGUUCUCCUGACUCCGUUGGCCCUCUCACCUCCGCGGAGUACGCCGGAGCCCGACCUCAGCUCCAUCCCUCAGGACGCAGCCACCGUCCCCAGCUUGGGAGUCCCUCAGGCUCUCACAGUCUGCCUCUACAUCAACAAGCAGGCCAACGCCGGGCCCUACCUGGAGAGGAGGAAGGUGCAGCAGCUCCCCGAGCACUUCGGGCCCGAGAGGCCGUCGGCCGUCCUGCAGCAGGCCGUGCAAGCGUGCAUCGACUGUGCCCACCAACAGAAGCUGGUCUUCUCCCUGGUCAAGCAGGGCUAUGGUGGUGAGAUGGUCUCGGUCUCGGCGUCCUUUGACGGGAAACAGCACCUGCGGAGCCUGCCUGUGGUGAACAGCAUCGGGUAUGUCCUCCGCUUCCUCGCCAAGCUGUGCCGAAGCCUCCUGUGCGAUGACCUCUUCAGCCACCAGCCCUUCCCCAGGCGCUCCAGUGCCUCCGAGGAAGCCCAGGAGAACCAGGAAGGCAGGAUGGAGACAGCCAAGACCUUCGCCACCGCAGAGUGCCGCCUGGCGACCGCCGCGGGCAUGAGCCGCUACAGCCUGGACCCCUCCGCCCCCGCCUUCAGCCACCGGGGCUCCGUGCCCCCCGCCCCCUCGCUGUACUGCAAGAGGCAGAACUCCGGAGACGGCCACCUCGGGGGCGGCCCCGCGGCCGGCGGCCCCCGCACCAGCCCCCUGUCCUCCGGAGGCCCCUCGGCACCAGGGCUGAGGCCCCCAGGCUGCAGCCCCAAGAGGAAUGGGACCUCUCUGGAAGCAAACAGAUGCGCCUCAAGCCCUUCUCCAGACGGGCAGGACGGCAGGCGGCCAAGGAGCAGGAACCCGUCCACCUGGACCGUGGAGGACGUGGUCCGGUUCGUGAAAGACGCUGACCCGCAGGCUCUGGGGCCUCACGUGGAGCUCUUCAGAAAGCAUGAGAUUGACGGCAAUGCUCUCUUGUUGCUGAAGAGUGACAUGAUCAUGAAAUACCUGGGCCUGAAGCUGGGACCUGCGCUGAAACUCUGCUACCAUAUUGACAAACUGAAGCAGGCCAAGUUCUGAAAGUUU